AAUCCAUUCGCAGAAGUAAUUUAAACUGAUUGAUAUGAUAGAUUAAGAAACCAUCAGUUCACGAACCCAUCCACAAAUCCUGCAGCCUCUCUCCCUCUGCACGGUCAUCUUCCCCCCCUGUUUCUCCCAUUCGGACAGAGAUACGUACGUUGGGAUGAGCAAGUGCAGCGUUGAUGAUGGCAUCAGAGACCAUGACUACCAAGAGGAGUUCGUCAGCAACUCGCGGGGGAUGAGUCUCUUCGCCUGCAGAUGGAUUCCCAGCAACGGGAAACCAGCAAAGGCCCUCGUCUUCCUCUGCCAUGGGUACGCGGUGGAGUGCAGCGUGACGAUGCGCGACACGGGGGAGCGGCUGGCGCGGGCCGGGUACGCCGUCUACGGCGUGGACUACGAGGGCCACGGCAAGUCCGACGGCCUCCAGGGCUACGUCCCCUCCUUCGACGCCCUCGUGCAGGACUGCGACGCUUUCUUCACCGCCGUCGUCGCAUCGACUCGUUCAGGCGACAAGCUGCCUCGCUUCUUGCUGGGCGAGUCCAUGGGCGGCGCGGUGGCGCUUCUCCUCCACCGCGCGCGGCCGUCCUACUGGAGCGGGGCCGUCCUGGUCGCGCCCAUGUGCAAGAUCGCUGAGGAGAUGAAGCCGCAUCCGGUGGUGGUGAGAGUCCUGAAGGCGAUGACGAGCAUCGUCCCGGCGUGGAGGAUCGUGCCCAGCAAGGACGUGAUCGACGCCGCCCACAGAACCCAGGAGAGCCGUGACGAGAUCCGGCGGAACCCUUGCUGCUACAAGGGCAAGCCGCGGGUGAAGACAGCGUUCGAGCUCCUCAGGGUCAGCCUCCACCUCGAGAACGACGUGCUCCCGCGGGUGUCGUUGCCGUUCCUGAUCGUGCACGGAGGGGACGACAAGGUGACGGACCCGGCGGUGAGCGAGCUGCUCUACCGGUCGGCGGCCAGCCAAGACAAGACGCUCAACCUCUACCCUGGUAUGUGGCACGCGCUCACCUUCGGCGAACUCCCUGAGAAUGUCAACACCGUCUUCACGGACAUUAUCUCAUGGCUCGACCGUAGGUCUGGCUCCUCGGUACCAACAUCAGAAGCCGCGGACGAACAGGAGAGGAAGGCCAAGCACGAUGAGCUGCAUUGCGACAAGCAAUAAUCCAUGUAAGAAUUGCUAGCAACAGCAAAUUAUAUGGCUACGCUUUGCAGCAAAUCAAGCAGGAAAUUGAACUGCUGCAACUAACUGGCUAGGUUGGCUUUCUGCUUGGAUUGUUUCCCCUGUAACAGGUCCGACGUUUCUGUCGCUUUUUUUUUUUUUUGAGACUCAAAAUUUCAUUAUAUGUUGUUGUUAGGCGUGGACGAAAAGAUCGAAGUUCAAUAAUAUUAUUGAACCCUCGCUGAUUUGGUUCGUUAAGGGCUCGGUUCGUUAACUAAACAACCAAACCAAACUAAUUUCUUUCGUCAAGCUUAACGAUCUUAAUGAGCGAGCUCGGCGAGCGCCCGUUAAGCUCUCGUACAUCACUUUUGAGUGGCUGCUGGAACUUAUUUUGCUGCUGAAACUGUGUUGUUAUUUCUUUCUAAUCUUUAUCGCCAUGUUCAGCUUCUGAUAUGUUUUGUUUACUGUCAAAAUUUAUCCCAAGCAAAUAGGUUAUGCCAAAAACUUUAGAUCAACAUGCCAUUUAUUUAUCUUAGCGAGCUUUUAACGAGCGCUUGCGAGCUCUUAUCGAACCAAGCCAAACAAUUGUCUCAGAUCGUUAACGAUAAUGAUCAUCUCUAACGAACCGAGCUCUUAAGAAACUGAGCACGCUCGUAUCCAGCCCUAACUGUUAUCAAGGGAUGGAAAUGGCCAAAGAGACCCAUUGGGUCACUGGGCCGACCCAAAGUAUCAUGGCCAAUGAGUCUAAUGGGUUGGUCAAUAAAGAGAUUUGGGUCAUAGAAGCCGAACCUUAUCGACCGACCGGUUCCGAUAGGUCUACCCAACAAUUUAUAAAGCCAUUGUCAGAAAACAAAAACAAUUUCGGUUUUGGAGGAGUCGACUGAUUUUUAGUUAGAAAUAAGUCGAUGUGUUAACCGUUAAACCUUAAUCCAACGAUAGUGUGUGGGAAUGUCAUCAGAUCUUAACCCAACGGUUCUAGUGCAUCCACUAUGGACUGAGAUUUAAGAUAUUUUUUAAAAUAACCAAUUGACUGAAA